AAAAUUUCCCCUUGUAUGAUCGUCUAUAAAUAACUAAACAAAACCAUUUCCGGUUUGAACGCGUAUGAGAUCGAGGCUAUUUCCGGUUCGAAGAGCAUAAAAACGCAGACGGACAUGUUUUCUCUCAGUUCAAGAAACGUGUUGGUCAUGGCAAGCUCUUCCGGACAGAAAUGUUSUGUGUCUUGUCGACAUCAUCCAGAUGCACCUUUGAUAGAAGACUACAGAGCAGGCGAUAUGAUCUGCUCUGAAUGUGGCCUCGUAGUCGGAGAUAGAGUCGUUGACGUUGGCUCGGAGUGGCGUACAUUUAGUAAUGAAAAAGCUACUAGUGAUCCUUCCCGUGUUGGUUCAGCUCAGAAUCCGUUACUUAGUGGAGGGGAUUUGUCAACGUUAAUAGAAAAACCUGUUCCUGGGAAUUACGAAAUGGAUGGUUUUGCUAGGAAUCAUAACAGUCGAAGUGGGAUCAGUGGAGCUGAUAGAAGCUUAAUGAAUGCUUUCAGAGAAAUAAGUGUUAUGGCCGAUAGAAUAAACCUACCUAGAAAAAUUGUGGACCGAGCUAAUCAGUUAUUUAAACAAGUACACGAACAAAGGAGUCUUAAAGGCCGAAGUAAUGACGCCAUAGCAGCAGCGUGUCUAUAUAUAGCUUGUAGGCAAGAGGGCGUUCCCAGAACAUUAAAAGAAAUAUGUGCUAUAAGUAAAACCUCCAAGAAAGAAAUCGGCCGAUGCUUCAAGCUUAUCUUAAAACAUCUCGAAACCAGUGUAGAUCUUAUUACAUCCGGCGAUUUUAUGUCUCGAUUCUGUUCAAAUCUUACUCUUCCGACAGUCGUUCAAAGAGCAGCAACACACAUAGCACGCAAAGCAGUGGAUUUAGAUUUAGUACCAGGUCGCAGUCCCAUCUCGAUAGCAGCGGCGGCUAUUUACAUGGCGUCACAAGCAUCAGAAGAAAAGCGAUCUCAAAAAGAUAUUGGCGAUAUCGCUGGCGUAGCAGACGUCACCAUUAGACAAUCAUACCGUCUUCUUUUCCCGCGGGCACGGGAGCUUUUUCCAGUCGAUUUCACCUUCUUUACGCCUCUGGAGAGGUUACCAAGCUCUUGAUAACUUUUUCGACUUAGUGCGCAUGAUCAGACUUCCGAUUCCUUCUCGUACCCAGAGCCCCCCGAGGAGCUUUAGUUACAAGAAUGACUUCUGAUCCACAAAAAAACAUGAACGAUAAAACCUAUUAACUUUAUUAUAUGUCCUUACAUUCAUUACUCUGAUUAUUGAUUCUCUCAUAUUAGUAUUUUACUAUAGUCUCGUUCCCAUACUCUCUCAAUCUCUUCAGACGAAUGAGCCUGGGUACGAAGCGACGUUAUUGUAUUAUACAGUCAAUGUUUUACUUCGAUUGCAUUAGCAUAUUAUCUUUAGGAAAACCAUUUUUUCAUUUUUUCGAUGAACUGAAAAUAGAAAUAUAUGUUGUACAAAUAUUUACUUCAUUUAUUAAAAUAUUUUAAAUUGA